AUGAUCCAUGAAUGUGAAGCUAGACUUAAAGGCUAUAUGUUUAACUUUGCAUAUGAUCUUCAAAUACUCAAAACUUUUGAUAUAAAAUACAGGAAGGUGAAAUCUGCAAGAGAAAUAAAAUGUUUCUUCUCUCUGCCUGAAGAUGGAACCACCUUGCUCUGCUGUGAUGGGGCUUCAAGAGAAAAUCCUGGAUGUGCUGGUUAUGGUUUUGUAGCUAGAGAUAGUUAUGGAAACUUUCUUAUAGCAGAAUCUGGAGGCCUCGGCAUUACUACAAACUUUGUGGCAGAAAUCUUGGGGACUAUCAGUGCUUUAGAAUGGGCAGUAAUAAACUUCAAAGAUAAGCUGAUUAUAAAUUCUGAUUCUAUUGCAGCCAUAAAUGCUUUCAUGAAGAAUAACCUUCCUUGGUUUGUCUUGAGCAGAUGGAUACUAAUCUGCAAAAAGGUAAAGUAUAUCCAUUUUAAUCAUGUUUAUAUAGAAGUAAAUUUUUAUGCAGAUUUCUUUGCUAAUAAAGGAGUAUUCCUUGACAAGGGAAAAACCUUAAAAAAAUUUACUAGACCCCCAAACAUGCCUAGAAUGGAGUUCCCUGGAAAUACAUACUACAGAUUUGAUUUGAAACAUUAA